AUGAGAGUCGUAAUAGUUUUGUUGGCUUUGAAUACAUGCCUUCAAAUUGUUAGAUGUCUGUUGCCUCCAUCAUUUCAAUGGAAAGUUAUAGAUUUUUCAUGGGACGAAUCCGCCCGCGAAGCAGCGAUAUCUACAGGCGCUUAUGUUCCCGAAAAUAAUAUGCCAGCGGGCAUAGCACGAUGGAAAAACAAGCUUUUUAUAACUAUUCCAAGAUGGAAAAAAGGAGUACCAGCAUCGUUAAAUUAUAUAAACAUAAACGGCAACCAAAUCCAGGCGCUAAAUCCUUACCCGAGCUGGGAGGAUGCCUUCGUAUCAAACAAGGCAUGCUGUGUGGCUUCCAACAAAACUGUUGUGUCUGCCUUCCGAGUUCAAGUGGAUAAAUGUGAUAGACUGUGGGUUGUCGACAAUGGAGUUGCGGAUAUGUCGAGUGGAGUAAAGCAGAUUGCUCCUCCAGCUCUUUUAAUUUUUGAUUUGAACACCGAUAAACUGCUGCAUCGCUACGAGUUUAAAGACGAGGAGCUCAGGGAUUCGUCGGUGUUGACAAGCGUGGAGGUAGAAUUGGUAGGCAAAAACUGUGACGCAUUCGCUUAUAUCCCCGAUAUGGGUUCAAAUGCUCUAUUGGUCUUCAGUUUAAGUAAAGACGACGCGUGGCGAGUGGAAUGUCCAUUUUUUCACUUUGACCCACUCUCAAACGUAUAUCGAGUGGGAGGAAUCGAGUUCUUUUGGAAUGAUGGCGUGUCUUCAGCUGUGCUAUCGCCUUCGAAGAAAUCUGGGCAUCGGGACCUAUACUUCCACCCGACAUCGAGUACUAAACAAUUUAGAAUAUCCACGAAGUUUUUGAAAGACAAAUACGUUCCAAAAGAAUACAUAUUCAGUGGAGCAGAAGUUGUAGGAGAUAGAGGUCCCCUCUCGCAGGCAACAGCUACUGAUUUUGACCCUCUGAAUAAUGUAAUAUUUUACGCCCAGUUGAACAGAAAUGGUAUAAGUUGUUGGAACACAGAGAAACCACUUAACGAAGACAACGUGCCGCUUAUUCUGAGCGACUGUACUGUGUUGGAGUUUCCAAACGACUUAAAGGUAGACCAAGAAGGUACUCUUUGGAUACUAAGCAAUAGACAAUCUCGUUUCCUCUACGACUCUAUGGACAACAAUGAGGUUAACUUUAGGGUUCUCUCUGCCCCGACAUCCAAGCUAAUACAGGGCACUGCUUGCGAAAAGAUGUCGACUAUGGAUAGAGCAUUCAGUUUGAUGAAAAGACCUAAAUCGAAAUGUUAA